AGUUGCAAUGUUUGCGUUACGUAGGUAUCUGCGUAAUUACUUUGGCAAUCGUUACUGUAUGUAUUAUCGACAAUGCUCGCAAAAGUAAGCAAACGUACUUUUUAAUAAUCUACAGAGCGAAAACUGGCAUAGUGCUACUAAACAUGGGUGGUCCGGAAACUACAAAGGAAGUACAAAAUUUUUUAACACGUCUAUUCUCUGACAAAGAAAUUAUUCGUAUGCCGUUCCAAGAGUAUUUGAGAAUAUUUUGUUACAAUCUAGUCUCUUAGCUCGUUUUGUAGCAUGGAAAAGAUCACCCAAGAUCGAGGAACAGUAUUCUCAAAUUGGUGGUGGGUCUCCAAUUCUUUAUUGGACGAAAGUUCAAGGUGAAAUGAUGAUAAAACACUUAGACGCUAUUAGCCCAGAAACAGCCCCUCAUAGAUUCUACGUUGCAUUUCGUUAUGUUCAUCCUCUUGUGGAAUCUUGUGUUAAUGAAAUGGAAAGAGACGGUGUAGAGCGCGUUGUUGCUUUUAGUCAGUAUCCACAGUACAGCUGUGCGACUUCAGGAAGCAGUUUUAAUGCCAUUGCUCGUCAUUACGAAAGUGAAGAAAAAAUUUUCAAUGGAGUGGAAAGUAUUGAGCUUCCUUCUGUACAGAACAAUAGACCUGGACCGAUCUGGUCCUUUAUUGACAGAUGGCCUGUCUUCCCCCCGUUAAUUAACAGUUUCGCCAAUAAAAUUCUGGAAGAGCUCCAGAGUAUUAAUGAUGAAACAGAGCGUGCGAAUACCGUCCUUAUUUUCAGUGCACAUUCGAUUCCACUAUCUGUCGUUAAUCGUGGUGAUCCUUAUCCUCAGGAAGUAGGUGCCACCGUUCACGCAAUCAUGAAACAACUCAAUUUUUCGUGGCCUUAUCGUCUUACUUGGCAAUCUAAAGUUGGUCCAGCUGCUUGGUUAGGUCCAUCAACAGCAGACACCCUAUAUGGGUUGAGUCGUUUGGGAUAUCGACAUGCACUCCUAAUUCCUGUUGCAUUCACUCUAGAUCAUAUUGAAACUCUUUAUGAAAUGGACGUAGAAUAUUGCGCUGAAAUAGCAGCUAAAGCCGGUAUGGUUUCUGUACGCAGAUCACAAUCACUGAAUGGUGACCCUGCAUUCAGUCAAGGUUUAGCCGAAUUAGUCCUAGAUCACCUUCGUCGGGGUGAUCCAUGCUCAAAACAGUUCAUGCUUCGCUGUCCAAUGUGUACUAACCCAUCUUGUGAACGUACCAGGAAGUUUAUCAUGGCCCAAAAAGAACGAGUACAUGACUGGACAACUCUGCACUUGCCGAACAGUGAGCGUGUACACUUAUGUAGAUAUAUCUAAAGACUAAAACUAUUUUUAGUUGUUUCUAAAUAAAAAUUUUCUGUUUCG